GGAUCAAUUCCCAGUACCUAAUUCAAGUUCUUCAGGUAUUUUAGAAAGUUGGUUUUGUUUUGCAGGAAUUCAAAAUGGCUUCCAUAGUUUAACAAUAUCUUCUCUCUCUUUUUUCUUUCAAGUCACCGUUAAUAAUGGAUUAGGUCAUGGUGUUGCCAUCUAGCAAUGUCCCAGAUUCUAUUCUUCUAAAAACUGCUUUAUAAAAGCCAUGGUUGGGGUCACCUUUGUCUUGUUAAGAACUGGCCAUUAGGGGACGUGUCCUUUUCUUUUGCUUCAUAGUUGAGUUUCGAGUUCCGUUUCGGAGAUCGAAAAUGUACCACCACCAUCAACAACAACAACAAGGCAAGAACACGCAGGCUUCCUUGAGAAUGGAGAUUCCAGAGAGGCAUUUGUUACUGCAAGGUGGGAGUUGCAACGUAGAUUCGGGUCUUGUCCUCUCGACCGAUGCGAAGCCGAGACUUAAGUGGACGCCUGACCUCCAUGAGCGUUUCAUCGAAGCUGUCAAUCAGCUCGGAGGAAGAGACAAGGCUACUCCUAAAACAGUAUUGAAAUUAAUGGGGAUUCCAGGCCUUACUUUAUACCAUCUCAAGAGCCACCUUCAGAAGUACAGACUCAGUAAAAAUCCCCAGGGGCAAGUUAAUAGUGGCAGUAACAGAAUAGGUGCGGUGGCAAUGGUGGCAGCAGACAAAAUGUCUGAAGAAAAUGGGAUUCAAAUGAAUAACUUGAAUGUUGGACCUCAAACAAACAAAGGCUUACAGAUAGGCGAAGCGCUGCAAAUGCAGAUCGAAGUCCAGAGACGACUGCAUGAACAGCUCGAGGUGCAGCGACAUUUACAGCUUCGGAUCGAGGCUCAAGGGAAGUACUUACAAUCAGUGUUGGAGAAAGCUCAAGAGAAUCUCGGGAUACUAAAUCCGGGUACGAUCGGUCUCGAAGUCGAAGCAGCCAAAGUAGAAUUAUCCGAACUGGUGUCCAAAGUGUCUAACCAAUGCCUGAAUCCAGAGCUUUUGGAUUUGAAAGAUUUUCAGGGCUUAUGCCACACGAAAACACCGACGAAUCCGACGGCGGAUUGUUUGAUCGAUAGUUGUUUGACCUCCAUCGAAGGACCUCGGAAAGAACACGAAAAACACAACAACGGGAUGUGUUUAAGACCAUACAAUCUCAUAACAGAAGAUCCCAGGCUGCGGCAAACCGAGCUGAAGCCGUUCGAAGAAAUAAAGGAGAACAAGAUGGUUCAAUCUUCAACACGCAAAAUUGAAGGAAAAAACAUGUUUUUUGCAGAUAGAAGCUCCAGUGGCAGUGAUUUGUCGAUUAUGGUAGGAUUACGAGAGAAAAGUAACGGCUUCAACAACAGAAACGGAGAAGAUGGACUCCAUUACUUUGCAACAAAGCUUGAUUUAAAUGUUGAGGAAGAAAAUGACGUAGCUUCCAGGUGUAAAGAGUUCGAUCUGAAUGGUCUCAGUUGGAGUGAAAAGUUUUGUUGAGCUUUUCAUGAUCAUAGAAGAAUGAAGAAGGCGAAGUUGAAGAUAUUUAUAAUAGAAUUUGGAUUAAACAUCGGUGAAGGAAUGCUGCUGUUUGUGAUUCAGGUUCAUACCAAAAUAUAUUUCAUCUUGUACUUGAAUAACUUGCAACAACUACAUAAUCAUUAUACAUAUUUCCAGCAACGCCAUGCACUUUUGUUU